GAUCACCCUUUAUCGCUGGCUAGUGAUGUUGGCCGUACUGUCGAUCGCGCUUAGUGACGGUGAUGCCCCAGAGCAUGACGUUGUCAAGAGCCGCCAGAAACGUAUUGUGUUUCCACUGAACGCUGCUAUCGGUAUCAUUUUUGCCAUUGCUGUACCGCUAGGCAUACCGAGCAGGAACAUCUUUAUGUCGUACAAUUUUGAGGGCAACUACAACAGUCCGCAAGAUGCCAACGUCUUUACCGAGGGGUUCGGUAACUACUUAUUUCUUCCGUCAGAUAAAAGGUAUCGUGGAACCACUCACCGCACCAUCCGUCCCGGUAGAGCAGUAUGGUAUUAGAAAGCGAAGUGCGCAAGAAAGUGUGACUCGGCCCAAGAUCACACCGCAAGUAACACGAAGGCAGAUGUACAAAAUGCUCCAGAAACAGC